CGCAGAACACGAGGAACCAAAACACUUUCAGUUUCACUUUCCUCCACUCAGAAUAGCAAGACAUGAGCAGCCUGCAUGGUAUAGAAAGAGCCGGUGCCAGGGCAAAAGAAACAGACUGGAUCAUUUUGCAGCUGUGUAUGAAGUGUAUAAUGGGAUUUCUCAACUGGAUUGUAUCCACGCUACAGGAGUGUAUAUGUAAGUGUAUAAUGGGAUUUCUCAACUGGAUUGUAUCCACGCUACAGGAGUGUAUAUGUAAGUGUAUAAUGGGAUUUUUCAACUGGAUUGUAUCCACGCUACAGGAGUGUAUAUAUAAGUUCCUACUGAUACAUCUACGUAGCACAAAGAUCAGUGUUGGACUAUUCACUAGAGAUGGGAAGAGCGAAUACAGCUGGCUUAUUGACAAGCUCCAAUCCCAGAGAUGGUGCACUAUAUAUGUGCAACCCUUUCAGAUAUCGAAUAGAAACUGGUCGGAAUUCCAAGAGGCAGUCGCAAAGUGCCAGUUUGCCAUCCUAUAUCACUCAAAUACAAGAGGCAGAAUCAACAUCACUGAUGUGACAGAUUCCAUCUACAAUGAGGAACUGGAUACACUCUAUAAAAAUCUUGGAAAAGAGAAAGUUACGGUGGUUGUUGAUCACAUGGAGAGGAGCAACGAUGACGAUAAGGCUGCAAUCCUAAGGAAUCAGCCCAGCAUUGCUUAUAAGGCUCAAGAUGUCUUUCUCUUCAGCACUGAGGAGACCAUGCCUCAUGGCACUAAAGCUCUACACUAUACAGGAGAGAAAAAUUUCCGAGCUAUAUUGGCACUGAUAGCUGAAUGCAUCCUAUUUGAUUACUCUCCUCACAGAGGUCCUUUUACAAGAGGGCUAAGAGGAUUUGUGAGCCAGCUAUGUGGACAUCCAAUUGCCUUUAUACAACUUUCUCUACGCUGGUGUUUGGUUCAGUCCCUUCUACUGAUUGUUGAAAAGAAAAUUCUUGUAAGAACUAUUCUGGCGUAAUGUCUACUCUACAGUCCCUAUUCUUAGUCCUACUGUUUAUACAAAAGACGUCAGCCAACAGGAGAACACCACAAUUCUCAAUCAAGAGGGACAAAAGCUUGGAAUAUUCAUGAAGAUUAUUGUUAUGGAAUUUACAUAAAUGUAUAUUUGGGUGCUUUGCUGCAUUAGCAUGUGAAAUUAUGGGAAACUGUACCCAAAAGAGUAAUUUGAUAGCAUGCCUCGCAUAAUAACAAACUGUAAUUUAUUUUUUCUUUAUUAAAAUAUUUUUGUUGUGACAGCAAAAUUAAAACUAUUUUGUGUGUGUAGUAAUUAAAAGUUGUUUGUCAAGAUUCCCAAAAGCACCAGCUAAGAUCAAUCAGUUCUUAGAGGCUAUAGCAGGGUUAGACUCUCGAGUGGUGGUGAGUCCCAGGGCAAAAUAGAUUCUGAGACUGACUUAUAGCUACAUCGUUAGAUUUGGUUGAAAAAAGACCCUAUACAAUGGGGCAUUAAACAUGACGAAUUGGGGCUCCCAAAUUUGCUUGAACAGUUCAGUAUAAAACUAAAACUGGGUAAAGAGAUAGGCUGUGCAAAAUGUUUCUAAUGUAGUUAGUUAGUCAAAAAUGUAAUGUAUAAAGGCUGGAGUGACUGGAUGUCGAACAGAACAGAACACUCCUUCCUGCUUUUCAGCUCUUUAACUAUAUUAGAAACAUUUUUUAUUUUGCACAGCCUAUCUAUUUACUCAGAUGUUAUACUGCACUGUUCCUUUAACAAAGAUUGAGUGAUAGAGGUUUUUUUUUUAACCUUUAAUGACCUUAAAUUACCUUGAAUGUUAAAUGUUAGUGAGGUAAAUGGUAAAUGUAAGUGAGGUGCUACAGUUGGGUCCGAGGCUGGUGGCUAAUCAGUAGCCCUUAAUUCCCUGGUUAGUCAGUCCCUUAAGGAGAGAGAGAGAGACUGGAAGAGUAUGGAGGAAAGUCCAGUGCAAGGUUUAAAAACUGAAUGUAUUGAAGUCUAUGGACCUAUUCAUACAUUGUUACCUGAAAAGAGGUCUGUAAAUCUUUAAUGUUUUUGUUUUUACUUGUAAACUGUUUGCUGAAAAAAUCUUUGUUUUUUUAUACUGCUGCCAUCUGAAAUGGAGACCAUUUUUGUUUAGAAGACAUAUUGCUGUCCUGAAAUGUACCUACACGGCUUGGACCUGCCCUAAGAGGGCCAAGGCUGUUAGUUUCUAUUUUAUUUUACAUAUUACUUCAUUGUAAGUUAUACAUUCUGUAUAAUAUGUCAUUGUAUUAAUCUUCUUAUUCUGCAUACUAUUUGUUAUCAUAUUGAUUUUUAUGGUUUAUUGUGAAAACCAAAUAAAAUAUUUA